AUGGCCCCGCACAUCAACUCUCCCACCAGCGAUGUGGAAAUUGAACAAGCGCCACGUCCCACAUGUCCCAAACGGGCCAGUGCUCCGACUGCCAAGGUACUUAGUGCUGAUAAUGCUGCUGAUUUAGAACUUUCUUCGCACAGGAAGGCUCACGAAGCAGUGGCUGCCAAAUGUAAGGCUCUUGUCAUUGAUGAUGACGAACCUAGUGCCCCUCCUGACCAAGCCACAAAAAAAUGCGUGCACAAAUGCAUGCUGGAUGAGUUUGUGCCUGACAAUGACAAUACUUCUGCGACUGCUUCCCCUGUCAAACGUGCAAACAAACACAUCCAAAAAUGCAUGACAGAUGCACUGGCCAGUGUGGAUGUUAUUGAUGCUGAAGGCUUCCUCGAAGACAUUGAGGUACUGGACAUCGACGAACUGGUGAAGCCCCGACGUGAACAAUGCAGUUGUGAUAUUGAUGUGUUGUUCUCAGCUUCAUACCUCAAGGAUGGCAAGCGAUACCGUGACUGCGAUGCAUGCACAUAA